AUGAAAGUGCAUUCCUUAAGGUUUUAUGAAAAAGAACCGUUGGAAUUCGGAAGUCGAAAGGGUUAUUGGCGCUUAAUAUAUACCUUCUUCACUCAUCCGCCUGUUCUUCAAACACCACCGGAGACAUGUUUCUUUGAAGAAGAAGAAGAGGGUUUUAUUUGGUGGCACCACCUUCUCCCCUUUUCUUCUAACACCACGUCUUCCUCUUUCUUUCAUUUUCCUGCGUUCAAGAAUCCUCUGCGUUUCCCUCUUCGUCUUUUAGUUAGGGGACUUAUUUCAACCAGAUCAUACAGGAGUAUUAUGGUGGCUCAGCUGGAUUUUAUCAAAGAGCUUCAAAUGUAUCAAACUGCAGUUAAUGCCAAUCAGGUCCGGAUGAUGUGUAUCACAUUUCUGUACAAGCAUUGCAUAUUAUAACUAUUAUGCAUCCACCCUUGCAAUCAGAGACAAAAGGCACAAAAAGAUUCCAAUGGGACAUCAAAUCUUGAAACCUGACUGCAAAUGUUGCUGGUGGAAGUCUUGAAAU